CCAACAGGAUGCCUUUUGACCCGAUAAGGCUCAAAGAAAGGAAUAUAUAUGUUGUUGCUGGAUCUGCAGCUGCUUGUGCAAAUUGCAAUCACAGUGAAUUUAAUCGAAACCCACUGCCGAGUUUAUGCCGGAGAGCAAUCGCGAUCAUCUUGAUCAAUUAGCAAGUAGAAUGGAAGCAAGACUCGACAAGAAACAACCUCGAUGGCUAUGUCCGGAGGAAAUAUGUGAAGUUCUUCGAAAUCCGCCUGCAAUUAUGCCACCGAACUCCACUGCCUCAGAAGAUGGAAAGUCCAAGGUUCCACCCCAUGCAACCAUUGAAGAAGUAGACAAAGAGAAAGAUGAAGAGGGAAACGAUAUCAACCAAGUCCGGAAGCGACCCAAAGUCAGCCGUGGCCAGAAGAGUCAUGAGUUUGCGAUAGGUGUGGUGAUGUGCUCUCUUGAAGAACUCCAUCAACUUUUAGACCGAGCAUCUGCACCCAAUACACUAGCCAGCUCCUCCAUUUCGAAUCCUACCAUAGACUCGCAAGCCAUAGCCGUGACCAGAGCUACUUUAGAAAUGGACUUUAUUACUAUGGCUGGCGAGGUUCAACUAACGCGCAUGAUUUCAGGCAUCCAGAGCUUGGUAGAUUCUAGUUGCUUUCCUGCCGGCACCAGAACAAUGAUUAUGGGUUUUUUGAAGCAGCUAGAACAAUAUGUUCCAGCCUACUCCAAUGCCUAUUCCGAGUAUGAUAGGGGCAAAAAUUUGACUGACCAAGUCGAAGCUACGAAACAGCUUCUUCAACCCAAGGUUCAGUUUUGUUAUAGCAAGGAGAGAGAAUUUCAAGAGCUUGCGAAAGCAAAAAUGACGAUCGAAGGCAAGCAGGCGGCAGUACUUGCUGAAAUUCAUGGCAUACUUGCUGAAAUUUGUGGCGCCAUCAAAGCGAUGCUGGAACAAGUUGAGAAAUUCCUCCUACCGUAAGAUCAAUUUAAAGAAAAUGUGGGUAAUCUUGUUAGGAUCCAAACUCAGAACCUUAACUCAGACCGACAAGUAUGUGACAAUGGCGGAUGGAGGAAUACAGAGAAGAGCUAGAAAGAGAGAAGAGUAUUUUUUUUUUAAAUAUACUUCUUUUUGAAUAUUCGUUGUUUCUUCCCUUC